UUUUUGCUAUAACUUCGAUCAUUUGUUAUUUCACCUGAAUUUUAACCUCGACUUUUCUCUCAUCCGACCAGAUUCAAACUGAUCAGUUUUAACUUUAAGAUCGAGAAAAUGAUGAUGAUGGACAUCAGCUUAAGCGCCGACAACAUGCUGAUGAAAGUCGCCCUGUUUGUUCUAGUCCAGGCGUUGGUGUAUCUCAUCCUUUCCAAGUCGUCGACCAUCUUCUCCAAAACAGACAAGAGAUCGCUCAGUUUUAGAUCAGCUCGCUCCGUCAGUAUUAACCGAAUUCUUGCAUUUAUUAGCGACAUGCCUACCGGUGGCGAGCUUUCUCCGGCAUCAAGGAGCCUGCAGUCUCCAACCCAAGAAAAUUCAAGGGCUCAUGUUCACUCCUCCUAGGCUUAUCGUUAAUUUGCUGGUUGUUGGUUUUGGUUGUCGACUUGUCGUUGCAGAUUGAUCGAUGGCACAAAACGUUGCAGUUGGCUUUUUAUAAUUGUAAGAUUGAGUACUGUAUUUAAUUUAUUUGUGUUUGUGUGUAUACGGGAUUAAUUGGAGCGAUUCUUUUGUUCUUUGAUCGAUCUGUACUGGAUAAACCCAAUUGUUGUGGGUUUGUGAAAUGUUUGUUUGAUCAGCACCAAGUGUUUGUUUUUUGGUGAUCAUAUAUUAAUUCAUAUGCCAAUAUUGAUUCAUUGGCCGGAGACGGAUAAUAAUAUAUAAAUUUUUUUGAUUA